AAUCAAAAAUCCCAACCUCAAGCAUACGAAGAUGACCAAAUGCGCGAACCUUUUCGCAAAGCCUCCGUCUACAUUACGCUUUUGUUAAUACUCGAGGCUGUGAUUGGUUUGGUAAUCGUCAUAGUAACAGCUAUCUAUCAGUCACUGUUGACCGGCUACCUGGCGGAGACCGAGAGUCGUAUGCUCUACGGAUUCCUGUUCAACAUCUAUAUCUUUGGAAUCCAACUUAUUGUGACGUUCCUGUGCAGCAAUUCCAUGUGGAAUCGGUUGUGGUGUCGGCGUUGCACUCCAAACGUUCGCCUCCUGCUGACCGUCUGGCUCUUCUAUUUGUGUGUCAUUAUAGCUUCGGGCGUUGCAGCUGUAUGGAAUUUUUACCGCAGUGUCGAUGUUUUGGAGAGUGCUGCGGAAAACUCGCUCAUUCGGGGCAUUGACAUGUAUUACUCGUGUCCAGAGUGGAAGCUGCUUUGGGAUGGUCUCCAGAUGCGAAGGCAGUGCUGCGGGGUGCGCACCUAUAAGGAUUGGAUGAAUGCGGACUGGAUGCCGCGGCCGGACGAUAACUGCACAGACAUUGCCGGUUCCGUUCUGGCCCCCUAUGCAUGUUGCAAGCGGGACUCUGAUCGAUGCUUUGCCAAUUACAUGCCCGGAUCCGAAGAAAUCUCACAUACCAAUAGCAGGCAGCCGUUCCCGACUCUCUCCGUUGAAUACAUUAAUACUAACGGUUGUCUACCGGUCUACUCGGACACAUUGUGGCGUUAUAUUUAUAUUCUCUUGGUAUUGGCUAUGUUAUCUCUUAAAGUUUUGAUACUGCUCUGCUGCAUGACCAAAUAUAUACUACAUCGGCAAAAUGUCGGCGAUGGUUGCGACAAUGUGGGCCUCACAGAUGAAGAGGGACGUCCUCUGGUCGUGGUGAAAUAUCCGUGCAACGUGCGUUGCAUUACUAUUGGCGAGGACGACUUGGCCUCCGAUAUGGCACCCGAUGUAAAUUAUUGCAAUUGCGAGGAACCAACUGAGGAUAGGUGCAAUGCUGGUUACUACGAAGGAUGACUGACGGAUAUAGUUUAUAUAUUUUUUAUUUCUUCAUUUUAAAUGUUGUGUUUAUUCAACACAUUUUCCAUGGAAAUCGCUAUUUAUUGAUGCCUGUUUCAAUAAAUUAAA